GGGGAAAGGUCAUUACCAGUAUGGAGAUGGCGGCGCCAAAGGAGGUUGCCGGGCAGAUAAAACCGAGGCAGUAAGGGCUACGUGAGCGAGAUGAUGUGUGCCUCGCGCUUUGGCUGAGCCUCCCUUGUGUCCUCUUGCCCCCUCUAGUUGCCCUCGCGCCUUCCUCUCCAAUGUGCGGCGCGUACGAGUUGCUAUGGCGGUUCCUGCACGCCCUCCUCUUUGCCCAGCGCGCGCUCUUCGCCUGGUUCCGAGAGCAGCUUGGAGGACGCGGCUCGUGGCUCAGCCGUUGGCGGCGCGGCGCGGCGUCGGUGGCCGUAGCCGCCUCGCGGGCUCUUCUGGUGCCGGCGACGGCCACGGGGUUUUUCGCUUUCCAUAAGCCCGCGGCAGCGGGGCGGAAAGUGCUGAGCAACCAGAGCCGGUGGCGGCGGGAUGGGAAGUCCUUGCAGAAGCUGCCGGGCCAUGUGGGCCUGGUGGUGACCGAGGAGGAGCCCAGCUACGCGGACAUGGCCAGUCUGGUGGUGUGGUGCAUGGCGGUGGGCAUCUCCUACGUCAGCGUCUACGACCACGACGGUAUUUUCAAGAGAAAUAAUUCAAGACUGAUGGAUGAAAUUCUAAAGCAGCAACAGGAAUUAUUAAACCUUGACUGUUCCAAAUAUACCAUAGAAUUUGCAAAUCAAGACAAAACAGAUCAAGUUUUAAAUUGCCAACCUACAUUAAAUGUGCUGUCUCCAGAGGAUGGAAAGACGGAUAUAGUAAGAGCAGCUCAGAAAUUUUGCCAUUUAGUAGCACAACAGCAAAGAAAAUGCACAGAUCUGGAUGUGAAUGUCUUGGACAAUUUACUAAGUAGUACUAAAGGCUUUCCUGACCCUGACUUAAUACUGAAGUUUGGUCCUGUGGACAGCAUAUUAGGAUUCCUUCCUUGGCACAUCAGAGUGACAGAGAUCAUUUCUUUACCUUCACAUGUGAACAUCAGCUAUGAAGACUUUUUCUCUGCCCUCUGUCACUAUGCAACCUGUGAACAGCGCUGGGGAAAAUGAAUUCUUGCUGAACAUUAUCAGGAUUUCUUUGGAAAGGACCCAGUGUCUCUGUUUACAAAUACCUGUGAUAUAAGUCCAGUACAUAGUCUUUCUUAAUUUAUCAAAUUCAAUAAAGUGUCUUACCUUUCUAGAAUUUGUGUGCGUGUGUACUCAUCAUCCUUGGAGGUGUGGGAAAGCAAUCCUUUACUGCUGUGACAUAUGGCAUAGCAGAAGUCUGUAAAGUAGAGCUGCUUGAAGGCUACAGGGCUCUCCUCCCUCCAGUGACCAACUCCUCAGUCUAAGGAAUACUUUGCGUCAAGUUAUGAAGGAACCUCUCAGAGUAGCUACAAUCAACGGGUAACAUUGGACCUCAUGAAAGAGAAAGGAUGUUCUGUUGUCACAGCUUCCUCCCUGGACUUCCAUAAUGGAACAGCUAGGAGUAUACUUGCUUAGUUAGCUUCAAAUGUUUCUAAAACUGUGCAUCAAUUCUACUGGCAGGUAAAUGGAAUUAAAUAUUGCAGCUCAUAAUGAGCUGUAAAUGAAUAUAAGCAUAUAAAGUUCACUUAAGCAGUUCCUAGAAUGUGGAAAUACUUUUAAAUCAUUGAUUGUACUAUUAAACAAGCAUUUGAACAACUAAUGGAUUCAACUGUUAAUUACAGCCCAUUUUUUUUCUUUCACUGGAAAGCAGUGGUUUAAUAG